CUCCCGAACUUCCUCUUUCUCACAGAUCAGAGUUUUUGCUUCUGAUAAAAGGAAGAUGUCUGCUACUCAAGAAGAAGACAAGAAGCCAAGAGACCAAGGAGAAGCUCGAAUCAUUCUCAAAGUCAAGGGCCCAGAUGGAUAUGAAGUCACCUUUAGGAUGCAGAGAAGCGCUCAGCUGAAGAAGUUGAUGGACGCUUUCUGCGACCGUGUAUAUGUGGAUUUGAACUCGUUAGUUUUCUUGCUUGAUGGUCGUCCUCUCCUUCCUGAACAGACUCCAGAUGAGCUUGAUAUGAAAGAUGGAGAUGAGAUCGAGGCAAUGCUCAAUCUUAGAGGUGGACCCUAAAAUGGCUUGAAUAUGUUCUGCUUUUAAUUGGGGUCUUUUAAGAACAGUUUACUAUAAGACGGUGUGUAAUGUUAUUAUUGGAUCCUAUAAUAUUUAUGGGCUUCAAUUGUUUUUCAAUUGUUUAGAAAAGCGGUAGCUUGAACUAAAAGUUACUUUUGACCAAAAAAACAAACUAAAAGUUCCUUUGUCAAAACUUGGUCCGCACGUUUG